AUGAUUUCUAUAGAUCAAUGGGAUGAUUUGGUGUUUCCAGAUAACGUUAGCUUACAAAGAACUGUUAACGAUGUGCUAGAAAAUUUUCGCCAAGCGAAAGAAACAAUUUCCAAAAUUCAAAUCAGAGACGAGAUUUCAAAUUCAUCAACCAAAUUAUUUGAUGAAUUUGAUAUCGAAAUCUUAAACAAUGCGUUUAAUGAUAGAAGUAAUGAGUUUAAUGGAUUAAUCGAAAAAAAGGCCAACGAGUCUUUAAGAAUGUCAAUGUACAUUAAAGAUCUUGCGGAAUAUUUUAAGGAGAUCUCCCAAAAAAAUACUAGUGUAGAUGUUAUAUUGGAAACAUUGUCAACAUCAUUGGAUUUAGCAAAAGAAAGGAAAUCCAUCGCAGAAAAAUUAAAGGAUGAUUUCAAUCAAUUUAUCAUUCCGGGCUUCAAUUACUUUGGUAUUGCUAUCGCUGACCCGCCUAUUAACAACAAAGAGUUCAAAAGAUCGAGAAGAAAAGCGACUUCUUUUAAUAUAAUUUUAUUACUAUGCGCAUUAAGUAUCUUUGCUAUUGCUUAUAUUUUUCCUAUUUACAUUGACAACGCAAUAUCUAAAUUUGGAGACUUCAGUAAUAUAACAUCGACUGGAAAUAAAGGUUUCAAUAAUACAACACCGACUGAAAAUGGAGGCAGUGGCGAUAAAGCUGAUAAGAGUGGUAUUCCACAUAAUGUAACUGAAAACUGGAUAAAAAAUUGGGCAUACACUUUCUUUAGCUUCUUCUAUUUUAAAUCUGAAUUUGAAGGCAGUAAUACUACAACACAGGCUGGGAAUGAAGGUCAUGACAAUACAGGGACUGGAAAUGAAUGUAAUGGCAAUAUAAAUGGUGAAAAAGAAACUCACAAUGAUACAAAACCAACUGGGGCUGAAAGCUGUACGAAGAAAAAAAGUUGGUUCGGUAAUUUCCUUGGCAAACCUGAAUUUGAAGGCAGUAAUACUACAACACAGGCUGGGAAUGAAGGUCGUGCAAAUACAAAGGAUGACAAAAAAACUCCCCCUGAUGACGUAAAACCAACUAAAACUGAAAACUGUACGAAGAAAGAAGAAAAGGAAAUCCUCCCUAAUGACAUAAAACCAACUGAAAUUAAAGGCCAUAACAAUAAUACAUCCCAAAAUACAACAGAUCAAUCCACUGAAGAAAAGAAAGAAAAAGAAAAAUUGUUACGAUGUAAUGAAAUUAUUAACAACAAGUUACCGGCUAUCGCCACAAACGCAGACAUUUUAUACCAAUUUUGGGAACAGAUUAUUCCAAUUCUCGAAUCACAUAUUGAGGCUCUAGAAUCAGUAAACGGACAGACGGAUAUUAAGUUACCCCAACUUUAUGUAAGAAUAAAAGAAAAAUGGUUAGAAGAAGAAAAUAAUUGCAAAUCAAGUUACUAUGCGUUAAAAAAUAGCGUGGCGAAAAAUGCAAAAAUUGGAUCAACCCUUGCAGAAAUUGAAGGUAUUCCAGCUCGAUCAUAUUUGUCUUUAUACAUGUAG